AGAAUAAGAGCAGAACAGGGGUGAAGAGGAAGCUUUUAUCCCCCUCCCUUCCGGUAGUUUAAGAUCCGCAUCACCACACCUCGAGAAUCCUGCAGACGACUUCUUUCCACCCCAGAGGUGCAACGCGAAAUUCGGUCCUUCCCCUGAAAAAGUACAUUUGCUAUUGACACACACAGCAAGAUGCUGUGUCCAGUAGAAUGUGGUGCUCUGCCUUCAGUGGCGUGGCCCGAUAGGGGUCUUUCUUCCCUCAGUAUUCUUCCAACCCCAACCAAAAUAUGGGAAAAGCAGAGGUAUUCCUCUAUCUACAAAAUCAUUGAGGAUUAUUCAAAGCAGAGACAUGCGCAGAAAAUUAACAAUUCUUUGCUGACGUCACGUGGGUUAGACUGUAAUGAACCGAAUUUACCUUCAGAUCCUAGACAGUGGAGCCGGGAGGACGUAGCCAGAUGGAUCCAAUACGUCAGCACUACCCAUCAGCUACCUACAGUACACUUGGAACGAUUUGCCAUGAAUGGAAAAGCCCUAUGUUUGAUGUCAAUGGACAUGUUUGUCAGCAGAGUACCACUAGGAGGAAAACUUCUUUACAAAGACUUCCAGCUUAAAUUGAGCAGAGCACUCUACAGCUGAGUUCAGCCAAUUGGAACAAUUUGAUGAGAUUGCCUGUGAAAAGAUGUGGCUCGCGCUACAACACCUGGAUGGUGAAUGUUCUAUUUUUCAUAUUCAAAUUCGUGGCAGCAGUUCUACCGAAAUGAGAUUAUCGUCUGAUUUGGUUUAGUGAAUAGAAUAAUUAUUUGUACUAGAACACUUUAUUCUUUCUUUUUUUUCUGUCAUAUCAGAAUAUUGUUCAAAAUAUGUUCCUGUGUGAAUCAGAAUGGAAUUCUGUUCUCUUUGUAAAUUCGCUUGUGUUAUUUAUGGUCUUUCGCCUUAGUUGUUCGUCUAGAAUAUUUUCGCUUAAUUGUUGCUGUUGUUUUAUGCGUAUUUUCAAAGCUUUGUAAAACAAUUUUUAGUGCAUAUUUUUCUUCUAUAAUUCAUUUAAAACGCAUUCGUGAUAAAUAGAUAUCGCAGUUUUUGAGGUAGACGCAACACAUUUUUUUUUUCUUUUUGUGGCAAAAUAAAUUAAAGAAGUCUUUUCAUAUUAAUUAUUUUAUGCAUUAAGCCUACAUCAGCAUACACUCAUUUGAAGUAAAAUAUUAGCUUCCUUCAAUUUUUCUGGGUAUUUAUGAAUAGGAAUCUAAUUUAUAAUGUUAUAUGAUUUUGUUUCUUUAAUUAUUUUGACAAAAUUUUAUUUAGAAAUUAUUAAGAUUUAAAGGAAAUUCUUCCAUUGCACUUGAUACCAAAAAAAUUUGAUAUAAGUCAUUGCUUUAAUAUCACUUUAAAAGUGCAUUUAAAAAACACUUCUUAUCAAAAGUUCCUAAUUCAGAUAAUUAAAAAAAAA